AUAAACAAAAAGCGCAUGCGCUUAGGGAGCCUGAGUGAUAGGACAAUAAUGGCUCAUCGGCUGGCGGCGGCGGUUUUAUCGCCCCCUUUGGCCGCCUUGUGGAGAGGCCACAGCCGCGGACCUGCGAAGUUGGUACCGGUCCGGCAGUGGUGUGAGAGAGUCCAUCCAGGAUGUGGCAUGUCAUUCCAUCACUGGCUGUGCUCCAAGCCUGAAGGCUUUGAGAAGAAAAAUGAAAAGAGACAGGGUCCAACAGAGGCAGCCCCUGAUAAUAAAGAGUCUAUUGGCUCCAAAAAUCCCAGUCUUCCCAAAAAUACCUGGGGAAGCAGUGGUGGAGAAGGCAAGAGAGGACGGAAAGAUGAGGAUUUGGGGUGGUGGAAUCACAUGCAGAAGGGAGAGUUCCCUUGGGAUAAUAAGGACUCCCGGUACCUGAUUGUCAUGGGAGCUGGCAUCCUCACAGGGUUCUUCUACCUCUACUACCGAGAUCCAGGCAGAGAAAUCAGCUGGAAGCACUUUGUGCAUUACUACCUGGCCAAAGGACUGGUGGAUCGACUGGAAGUGGUGAACAAGCAGUUUGUCCGGGUGUUCCCAAUCCCUGGCGCCACCUCAGAGAAGCACAUCUGGUUCAAUAUUGGCAGUGUGGAUACCUUUGAACGAAACCUAGAGGCUGCUCAGCUGGAGCUGGGGAUCAGCAGCGCCCAACAAGUGUCUGUGGUCUACAGCACCGAGAGUGAUGGCUCCUUUCUCCUGAGCAUGGUGCCUAGCCUUCUGCUGUUGGGCUUCCUGCUGUUCACUCUGAGACGUGGACCAAUGGGAAGUGGGCGCGGAGGGCGAGGAGGAGGGAUCUUUAGUGUUGCAGAGACGACAGCAAAAGUCCUGAAGGACAACAUUGAAGUGCAGUUCAAGGAUGUCGCCGGCUGCGAAGAGGCCAAGCUGGAGAUCAUGGAGUUUGUGAAUUUCCUGAAGAAUCCAAAGCAGUACCAAGAUCUUGGGGCCAAGAUUCCAAAGGGAGCGAUGCUCACGGGGCCCCCGGGCACAGGCAAAACCCUCUUGGCCAAAGCUACUGCGGGAGAAGCCAACGUCCCUUUCAUCACUGUGAACGGCUCUGAGUUCCUGGAAAUGUUUGUCGGAGUUGGGCCUGCAAGGGUUCGGGAUAUGUUUGCCUUGGCACGGAAGAAUGCCCCUUGCAUCCUCUUCAUUGAUGAGAUUGAUGCCGUCGGGAGGAAGCGGGGCCACAGGAACUUCGGGGGCCAGAGCGAGCAAGAGAACACACUCAACCAGCUGCUGGUAGAGAUGGAUGGGUUCAACAGCAGCACAAAUGUCGUAGUGCUUGCAGGCACAAACCGACCUGAUGUCUUGGACCCGGCGCUGACGAGACCUGGACGCUUUGAUCGGCAGAUUUAUAUUGGCCCACCGGACAUCAAAGGCAGAGCGUCCAUCUUCAAAGUCCACCUCCGGCCUCUCAAACUGGAUGCAGAUAUCAGCAGAGAUACUCUGGCUCGGAAGAUGGCAGCCCGGACCCCAGGAUUCACAGGUGCCGAUAUCUCCAACGUUUGCAAUGAGGCUGCCCUCAUUGCCGCACGACACGCCAGUCCCACUGUGAACGAGAAGCACUUUGAACAGGCCAUUGAGAGAGUCAUUGGGGGGCUUGAGAAGAAGACCCAGGUCCUGCAGCCAAAUGAGAAGACCGUAGUGGCUUACCAUGAAGCUGGGCACGCUGUGGUGGGCUGGUUCUUAAAGCACGCCGACCCUUUGCUCAAGGUCUCCAUCAUUCCCCGGGGCAAGGGCCUGGGCUAUGCGCAGUACCUGCCCCAGGAGCAGUUUCUCUACACCCGGGAGCAGCUCUUCGACCGCAUGUGCAUGAUGCUGGGGGGGCGCGUUGCCGAGCAGCUCUUCUUUGGCCGCAUCACAACCGGUGCCCAGGAUGACCUCCGGAAGGUGACGCAGAGUGCCUAUGCCCAGGUGGUGCAGUUUGGCAUGAGUGACAAGCUGGGUCAGGUCUCCUUUGACCUUCCGCGGCAGGGUGAUCUGAUGCCCGAGAAGCCUUACAGCGAAGCCACCGCUGAGCUGAUUGACGAAGAGGUGCGUGCCUUGAUCAACACGGCCUAUGAGAAGACCCUGGAGCUGCUGACUCAGUGCCGUGACCAUGUGGAGAAGGUAGGAAAGCGUCUCCUAGAGAAGGAAGUCCUGGAGAAGGCAGACAUGGUGGAGCUGUUGGGGCCCAGACCCUUUGCAGAGAAAUCCACCUAUGAGGAGUUUGUUGAGGGGACCGGGAGCUUGGAAGAAGACACCUCCCUCCCCAAGGGCUUGAAGAACUGGAAUCUCGAGCAGGAGGAGGAGACAGCCCAGGAGAAGGCCUCUUAGGGAAAGCAGGGCCAGCCUGAAAAGAAAUGCAUGGCACAUUGUCCAUUGGGCAAGCACCAAGGCCUGUUUCUUUGGCUGGGGGCAGCAUUGCCGAGAGACCAGCUGAGCCUCACUUUGCCAUGGAAUCAUGGGACACUGUCAGGCUCCCCUUCCACCAAAGGACCAGCAACAAUGUUCAAGGACCACUGUCUGCAGCAAGCAACCUUUCUUCAGUUCUCCCCCUCCAACGAAGGACAUGAACUGGGAUGGUUGCUUGGAGCAGAGAAAAGCAGGUGCCACAAACAGCCUCUGUGCCUCCAGUAAGCUCAUUGACCACCUGACGCACACAGACCCAGCAGUCUGGGAAGGUAAGAGCAGGCGAGGAGUAUCCUUUCCAGGAGACUGCUCUGCUCAAGGGACCAAGGGCUGCCUUAUUAUGCUCAGUGCCUUCACUCCAGCUUCCCCCCUGCUUUCCCUUCCCUUCCCCUCCCCUGCCAGCCUGCCUUGCAAAUGGGCAAGAGUGAACAGCAGAAGUCCAUGCAGAAGAAUUUCUGUGAACCUUGAGAACCCCGUGGACUUAUCUAAGGGUUGAAGUGAAUAGGUCUGAAUAGGAACAUGGUGCUAGUUUAAAUGGUGCUACUUGAAUCCUUAGCUUCUAGCUCUGUUGACAAAAGGGGCCCCAGAGGAUCCAGGGGGCAGGAGCCCCAAGCAAAUCCAAUAGGGCCACUCCAGACCAUGGCUGUCCUGUGUGCAACAUCAACUGCUUUCCCAUUGCCUGCGGAGCAACCUCCUUUACACAGUGCCUGUUGUUUCUCACCACCAAAUGCCUUCUCUGCAGAGGCAGCUUUGUCUUGAGGGCAGCAGUGCAGGAACUCCCUCCUGGUUGUUUAGGCAGUUUAUACUUCAGUCUCACCCGAGUCCCUGCAAAGAAGCAGCUCAGGGCCCCUUUGGGCCCUUUAUUUCCUGCUGCUUUUGCCUUGGAAAUGUCACCUAUGGUGGGCAACCAGUGGGCUUCCAUGCAAGACAUCUUAGUGGCUUCGGGGCUCUAUCUCCUAGAUCAAUGUUGGAGCAGUCAGGGCAGGAGGAUAUGCAGCCCAACUCACACACCCCUUCCAGCACUCCUUUCUUGGCACCUUGUGCUCAGUUGCCAAAAGGCUUAGAAUCCGUACCUGUGAGGGUUUUGAUUUGGGUGUGUUGUGCCAACUCUCUUGUAGCUGCUGCCUUUGGAACCAAAUCAACCUGGCAUUUGCCCAUGUAUUGCCCACUGGGCAGAAGUCGUCCUGAACCCCCUGCCUCACGUUGGCAAAGCCUCCCAUGUAAAACCUGUGUGUCGGCCUUGCCCCCCCCCCGCCUCCACUCCACCCCCACUGCUAGCUGCUUCUGCUGUUUACUCACUUGAAUGCUGGCCGUUCCAAAGCAUUUGACCGACCAGCUUCUGAAAAAGUGACUCAGCAGAAACAACGCUGACUAGCUCAGCAAAACUGCUGGCUUUACUGAAAGUCAUAUUUGCUACAUUCAAAGACCAAAAUAAGUUUGGGCACCACCUUCUUCCAGGAGUCCAGCAUAGGA